CUAUCAGCAAUCUUAUUUUCCUACAACUCAAACAAAAACAAAAAACAAUAGAAGCUCAUACUUCUCAUCUUAUACAACUAAAAUACUUUGAAACCACUAGUUGGACCGACCAUUAUGGCUCUUAUGGCGCAAGACACCACUCCCUUAGUGCUAAACGUAACACGAGCCAUGCCUGAACUUGUGUGUCCAGCUGAGCCUACGCCACGAGAGCUAAAACCGCUAUCGGACAUUGAUGAUCAAGAGGGCCUUCGGUUCCAUAUGCCGGCUGUGAUGUUCUACAAGGCUGAUCCUUCCAUGGAGGGGAGAGAUCCGGUGGAAGUGGUCAAGGAAGGUCUGGCUAGGGCUCUUGUGUUAUUCUACCCUUAUGCUGGUCGACUAGUAGAAGGGCAAGCUAGGAAGCUCAGCGUCGAUUGCACCGGUGAAGGUGUAGUGUUCGUCGAGGCUGACGCUGAUGCACGACUUGAGGAUUUUGGUGAUGAAAUUCAUCCUCCAUUUCCUCUCGAGGACUUGCUUUAUGAUAUGCCUGGUACUGAUGCAAUGCUUGGCACUCCUUUGCUCAUAUUUCAGGUAACCCGUCUAAGAUGCGGUGGAUUCGUGGUAGCCCUUCGAGUCAACCAUGCCAUAGGCGAUGGUAGUGGCGUAAUGCAAUUCAUGAACGCUGUAGGAGAGAUGUCGAAAGGCUUCGUAGCCCCAUCCAUUCUUCCAGUAUGGGACCGAGAACGUUUAACAUCUAAACGAUCACCAAAUGUCAGCUUUGCUCACCAUGAGUAUGACCAACAUGAAGAUGAGCACCACUCGGAUGGUGAGACCAACUUGAUCCAACAAUCCUUUCUUUUUGGGCCAACAGAGCUUGCUGCUCUACGUCGCCAUGUAUCACCAGGUAUCAAACAAUAUUCCACAUUCGACAUCCUUAGCGCUUCCUUGUGGCGGUGUAGAACAAUAGCACUUGGACUAGACCCUGAAGAGGAGGUUCGUUUGCUUUUCGCCGUAAACGCGAGGAGUAAGUUUAACCCACCCCUAGCAAAGGGAUACUAUGGAAAUGCUUGUGCAUUUCCGGCAAUUUGUGCAAAAGCAGGAGACAUAUGCCAAAAUAAGGUAGAGUAUAUAUUGGAGUUGAUAAGAAAAACCAAAAGUGAGAUCAAUGAGGAAUAUAUGAGGUCUAUUAUGGACCUUAUGGUUACUAAUGAUAGGCCUCACUUUACAGUACGUCAGACCUAUGUAGUGUCGGACCUUAGACAUUUGGGUUUUGCAGACGUCGAUUUCGGGUGGGGAAAGCCCGUUUUCGGUGGGCCAGGAAGUAAUGGGUCAGUACCAGAUGCAAGUUUCUUCAUAUCCUUUAAGAAUAAGAAAGGAGAGACUAUGACUAUGGUGCCCAUUUCAUUGCCUCCCCCGGUAAUGAAUGUUUUUGUUAACGAAUUACAAGAGAUGCUUCAACUUCAGCUCUAAAUUAUUGACAGUGUCUUGGUGCUUGGAUCUCAUGAUGAAUUCCUUUUCCAAAGAAUUUAGCUAAUUCCGCAAACUGACGGAUACAAAACCAAAUUUAUGACCGUAUAGCUUAUGAAAAGUUCUUUGAUUGUUGUUGUAAUUGCAGUGUACAAUAAUGAAAUUGGUUGUAAGAGUUAACUUUUUUGUUUUAUUAGAAUCGUAUGAAUAAAUUGCGCAAGUAAAUUGUAAAAUUUGUAUUUCGUUUGUUUCUUACCAAUUAUGAAGUGUAUCUAACGUCACUGGCGUGCAUUUGUUACAAUUGUAUCUCCUUUAAUUUUUUAAAAAAUGUCAACUAGUACAUUGCAUAACA